AUGCUGGUUGAGAGCAACAGCGAGAGCGAGUCCCUUGAUUCCAGGAUCCAGAGCUCAUCGGGCUUCGGGGACGAGUGCUCGUCGGCGCUGGGUAGCGACGUCCUCCGAUGGCACGAGGCAGCAGAGCUGUCCGCGGUUGCAGGACAGCCCGCAUCAGGCCUUCAUGUCUUUCUGGCGGAUAGCGCGAGCAAUGGAGGGAGCAGCAGCCUGCACCCGAGCAGCGGAUGCGAGGAGAGCUCGGGCGCCUCGGCUCUGGACCGCCAGGGGCGGCCGCCAGUGUGCGAGCGGGACGGCUCCGUCAUGCAGAUCUCCGACCUCUUUCCGGUUCUCCUCUGCUCGAGGCCGCACUACAUUUGCAGCCGUUGCUUCGGCAGCUCCCGGCAGGGCCACCUGGGAGGCUCCUCGCGGAGGUGGACGUGCACAACGUGCCGGAACGACACCUGCUUGCAGUGCUUCCCGGAGGAGCCCACAGCGGAGCCGCCUACGCCAGCCGCCGUCCGCCCCGGCGCGCGCCCGGAGAGCGGCAGCGAAGGCGGCCAGGAGGAGAAGGAGGAGGACGAGCAAGAGGUCGCGGAGGAGUCCGUCUUGAUGGCGUCGAGGGGCAGCGCGCAGCACCUCGCUGGCACGUGCAGGCCAUGCAUGUUCGUGCACACCUGGGUGGGCUGCAGCGCCGGGGUCGACUGCAAGUUCUGCCACGCACCCGGGUGCAAGCGCAGACCCAGAGCGCGGGCGCGGCCGAGCAAGACCACACGGAUGCAUUGCAAACAGCUGGUCGCCUCGCUGGCUUCCGCGUGCGGCGGGGACAGCUCCCAGGCGGCGCAGGCAGCGGGUGCGAUGGCCGCCGAGAGCGCCUACAUGGCAUACUCGCCGCCAUGGGCAGACAGCUCCCCGGCCAGGCCGAAGAGGUCGCCCAGGGCGGCGCCGCGCACUCGUGGGAGCCGCAGCCUGCGGAGCCGACGGCGCUGCAGGGCUCGCCCAGCCAGUGGCCAGCCCAGUGGGGCGGCGGCCCAGGCCUGGCUGGCGUCGGGCCCGUCGGCGCGCCCUCGGCCAAGCAGCGCGCAGCGGUGGCCAAGCAGAAGGUCGACAAAGGAGCCGCCUCUGCCAGCAGCGGUGAGCCUCGGGGGCACUGGAUGCCGCCUGAAGUCAGAGCGACGCGGGCGCAGAUAUACGACUCGAGUUCCCCUUGAGCGGGAGGAGGCCCGAUGGGGGGAAGCAUUAUCUUGCCAGUUUCAAUCGGGGCAGGUGAUGACGUGGGUGGCGAGCCGCUCAGUGAUAGCGCUGUACAAGGAGGGUAGACGUUUGGACACGACUGAACGUGUGAGCAUACGAUAUGGAAUUGGGCAAGGGAAUUGCUUUCAAAUUAUAUGUAUCAUGGGGCUGUUCAGCUUGGAACGGUUUGCACUCCGUCGUUCUCUCUCUCUCUCUCUCUGUCUCUCCCUCUCUCUCUCUCUCUCUUUGUCGCUCUCUCUCUCUCUCUCUCUCUCUUUCUCCCUCUUCCUCUCCCUCAUUAUUGCUAUCUCUCUUCACUCGUACUGCUGCAGUUGUGCUCUGUGCGGGGCUGCAAACUGA